GAAAAAUGGCAACCUAAUGAAAACACCCUGCUGCAACGUCACAGGAACACGGUCUAUUCGAUGUCCAGUGGCUGGAUCACGUGUGACACGUGCUCAGAAUAUCACCAGAACCGGCUUUAUGUAACUUGGUUUUUGCGCAUUGUUGGUACGUUAAAAUGUUGGGCGUUGUUGUUGUUGGGAUUGGUAUUGCUGGCAGAGUUCGGAUCCGUGAUCUUCUGAAUCCAUUGCCUAACAGUCCCAUAGAAAAUCUUAAACUCAUGGGCUUUGUCUCCAGGCGGACAUUAGGCAACAUAGAGCACCUGAAUCAGAUCACCUUGGAUGAAGCCCUCCACAGUGAUGAAGUAAAGGUUGCCAUCAUCAGUCUGGAGAAUCAGGUCCAUGAAGAAUAUGUCAGGAAAUUUUUGAAUGCUGGGAAGCAUGUCUGUGUAGAAUACCCAAUGGCACUCUCAGCGGCUGUUGCCCGUGAACUGUGGGAUCUUGCUGAUGCCAAAGGAAAGAUUCUACAUGUGGAGCAUAUUGAACUACUGACAGCAGAAUACAAUCUGUUAAAACAAAAAGUGAAUGGAAAAGAGCUGAUAGAGGGUACUCUGCAUUUUACAGGUGGACCUUUGGAUAGGCAACGUACUGGAUUCCCUGCCUUCAGCGGGAUAUCCCGUUUGACAUGGCUUGUGGAUUUGUUUGGAGAACUCGCAUUCAAGUCUGCUAUAUUCAGUGAGAAUCAAAAACAGCAAUACUGGAAGAUGACAGUGCACUUCCACACUAAAAAUAGCAGGUUUAAGUGGGUGGUGGUAUUGAAAUAUUCCCUGCUUCUGAGACCCGUAAUCUGGAUUGAAGAAAGAGGACCAGGAUUAAGACGUGAAAAACAUAUCAAUUUCCAAUUUAAAUCAGACAUUUUGGAUCGUAUUCCAGCAGUGCCUAAUAAUCAUGUUGGACUGUUUAUGAAAGACCUCAACCUGUUUGCCCAGAAGCUGGUAGGGCAAAAGCUCACUGACACCUUUGAAAAGAAACGCAUCCUGCACUGUCUAGGCCUGGCAGAUGAGAUAAAAGCUUUUUAUGAACAGACACCACCAAAUUAACACAAUUGUUAACUUUCUGCCUCUGCAGAUAUAAUUGGCAUUCUGUUUGAUUAACGGAAUUUGUUUUAAGUAUUGAUAUGUAUGCCUGAAUUUUAAAAUUCUGAUUAAUACAAUUGCCUUAUUAGACCUUUUCGGAACUUGUUAAGAAACAAAGUGGUAUAUUUCCUAAUUAUACAAGGUUGUUACUAACAAGCAGGUAGACAAAUACUGAUUUCAUUGGAAUCUUCUUUGUGUUUUGUUCUUUUAGAUAGAAUUUGCUAAAACUUGACAUAACUGGAAUUACUAUUAUUCGUUAUAAUGGACUUAACCUUUGUAUUAAGUAAUAACUGGAGCAAGAGUUAUUAAUCUUUUGCUGUAAUUUUUUUCUGCACUCUAUUAAGACUCGAUACAUGUAAUAGUUGAGACUUAAAUAUUAUGUUUCUAUAGUAACACAAUUAUUACCCAGGCAUUUUCCUGUUCUGUAGCUAAUGACAUAUGUAGUAAAUGAAAUUUAAUUAUAUUCAAAUGAAAAUUA